AUGUGGUCAUCUAUAAGAAAAUAUCACCGUGAUAUAGCAGAUGAAUUGGAAGAAAUUCGGCUGUGCAUUGAUCAAAAGACUGGUACAGAGGGGAGGUGGAUAGAGUGCGCAAUAAUUCAAAGUGAACAAUUGAAGGUGCGCCUCAUGAUCCACGCGUCUUCCCUGCACGUGUCAGAUUUCCCAGCGAAUACGCGCUUCAUGAUAUGUGCCUUUGCUAUGUGGUGCCAGCUCGGACAGAACCCCGUGAAGGCGCACUUCAUGAUCCACACUUUUCCAUUGUGGCGCCAGCUCAGACAAAAUCCUGCCAAGACACGCCUUAUAAUUCGCGCUUUGUCAGAAACUUUGUUUAUUGUUGGUGAUCGUGGGGUUUUCGCUAGGGUCUCUGGGGAUUACGCUAUUGUUAUCAGUCACAACCCUGAUAACGACACCACCAGGAUCAAGCUGCCAUCUGGUGCUAAUAAGAUUGUUCCGAGUGGCUGUCGUGCAAUGAUUGGUCAGGUUGCAGGUGGUGGUAGGACUGAGAAACCUCUUCUUAAGGCUGGUAAUGCUUAUCACAGGUUUAGGGUGAAGAGGAACUGCUGGCCGAAGGUCCGUGGUGUGGCUAUGAACCCCGUUGAGCAUCCUCACAGAGAUGGUAACCAUCAACACAUUGAUCAUGCUAGUACCGUCAGGCGUGAUGCUCCUCCUGGACAGAAAGUUGGCCUUAUUGCAGCUAGGAGGACUGGUAGGCUCAGAGGACAAGCCGCAGCUACUGCUGCCAAAGCUGAUAAGGCUUAGCCUUGGGGUAUUACUUCCUGUCGUUUUAGUUCUUUUGGCCUUUAUAUUUCACAUUCAAGAGUAUUGGGCACCUUUAUGCUUGAUAAUUGUUUGAAUUAUUAGACAAUUGUUCUGUUUUGUGUUGUUUGCGCAAUGUUCGUGUUUUCAAUUCGGACUGUAUUA